AUGUUUCCAGCGCUGGCUUCUGACUCUAGCCUGUUAUUAGUCCUCAAGCUCUGCUUAGCGUCGCUGGUGUUUCGCAGCGAUUUUCUACUGUCCCAACUCCCCGGUACAUCGAUUUUCCGAUCCAAAGAUUUAAGGGAGCAGCUCCGAUCGCGGCUUGUACAAGUAGAUUCUCCGUGGAUGACUGCUACCGGUAUCCCACCUCAGGUGGUCAUGUUUGGGCUACAAGAAGAGAUUCGGGUUACAGUGUGCGCUCUACCAGAAUCUAUGGCUGCUAGAUUUGCUCAAUUACUGGAAGAGAACGGGAUCUGUGGCGGGGGUGUUACUCAGCAGCAGCUCGAAGCAACAUUGCGCCGCGUAAUGGGGGAGAAUAAUCAGACGCAACAGCAAAAUGCUGCAAGUCGACCCGGUGGCGAUGCACCACGCACCACUGUUUACUUCUGGCCAAGCGAUGGUAAAUUGCACACUCUCCCAGAAUCGUUUGAGUUUCCUAGCACUGAUGUGCUACAUGCGUGGCAUUUAUGGUAG